GAAAAAGCACUUCAAGAACUAGAAGUAUUGAACGAAGAUGGUCAGCAGCUUGAGAGUAAUUUUGGUGGCAGCCUUACUGUGUCUGAUUUUUAGUACCAGCGAUGGGAAGCGAUGCGGAGGAGAAGGAUAUUGUGUCCCACAGUACUACGUAUGUCAGGUGAUAGAUGGUUUCUGUAGCCUAAUUGAAAAAUGCUGCAGGAAACCCAGAGAAGGGUGGAAAGGGACACGAUUGGGAGACAGUGGGUGGGUACAGUUAGGAUGAGGAGAGGUUUCGCCCUAAGCCGAAUAGUUCCCCCACCAAAACUAAAUUACAUUACAAGUGUAUAAAAAAUGUCAUUGACGUGUAAUAUAGUUUAUUUUUCCUAUAACGAAAUAUAUCAGGAGGGGAAAGUCAAUAAUAUCUAUAAUACGUUUAAAUAAUUCGUUCCAAAUAUAAAUCGAUUAAUUUUAAAACAUCUACCUAAUUCAUACGAAGUGGGACUUCAUUUUUAUCAUUUUAUAAAAAAUCUAAAAAAAUAGGUAAGCCACAUCACCAUUAAGGUAAAUGUUUUAAAAAUAAUCGAUUUAUAAUUGAAACAUAUAAUUAAACAGAAAAUACAUUUUGUGAAAUCAGUAAUUCCAUGGUAGUCCGAGGCAAUUGAAAUUAUUAUGCCCCAACUUAUUCAAGCUUCUUAAGAUAACAAAAUGCAAUCAUAUCAGCCGUUGCAUAAGAUGAGGAUGGUUAUCUUCUCAAAGACCUUUCUUUUGGUAUCUUUGCUGUCCAUGAUAUGUUAUUCCAGCGCAUAUAACCAUUGGCCUUGUACGAUAGCUGGACGCUGCUAUACCGUCAAUAGACCUUUCGGACGUUUCAAACAGACAAGGUGUGUUCCCUGCACAAUGCCCGAAUGAGUUAUUAUUACGCUUUUUAGUUAAAUGUUUACAAUUUAAAUAAAAUUGAAAAAAUGAGAGAAGCCAUAAAUGUGUACCACAUUUUAUGCGUCACCAAUGUCAGCGACCUUAAAUUUUAAAUGAUCACCUUAUGCCUUAAAAAUAUAAAAGCGUUGAAUGGUUUCUAACUUCCAGAAACUUUCUGUCAAAAAGGCCUAUAUUAUAUAGAUUUUGAUCCGUAAUUUCAGUAUUUUGUUAUAGGUAGUAUUUGAAAAUAGGUUUCCGUAGACAAUGGUAUACAAAGUUUCUUGUUGGAUUGAUUACCAUAAUAAUUGUUGCAAAAAUAAUGAGGUUAUACAUUACAGCUCAGGCUUUUUUUUUUAAAAAUUUAGUUAUGCAUUUUAAAGCAAAGCCAUUUUACAAGCUACUCAAUAUAUCACAAGAGUUAUUUGUCUGAGCUAAGAUGGUGAAGUAUUUCAUAUUUCUUACGAUGCAAAUCCUGGUCGGUUUCCUUGGUCUUUGUUCUGCCUAUCGCUACAAACGAUGUGGAGCUGGACUUUGCGUGCCAUCGGAUAUCAAAUGUUAUUCUCCAGUAUCAUCGAUUUUCUGUACUAAACUACAAAAAUGUUGCUAUUUUGGAAUAUCAAAAAGGUCCGGAAGGGAGGGAAAGCACUAAACUUUCGUCGUUUUUCUAUUUUUAACUACUUUGUAUACGUUUCAACUGAAACGAAUCAAUUUUUAAUGGCUUUAUUUAAAUAUACAAAAUUCAAGUA